AUGGGCACUCCCUUCAUAACCAUGCAAGAGCCCGCCCGGCUGGAUUACGUUCCGGGCCAGCCUGCAGACCGCCAGCCGCACAACGUCCCCAAAUGCUUCAUCGACGCCAUGCAAGUCCGCAACGCCGUCUUCGUCGACGAGCAGAAAGUGCCCCCCGAGAACGAAUUCGACCAGGACGACCCCCGCUCCUGCCACUGGGUCGUACACGCCUCCGUCAGCGAGGUCGUCCAAGAAGAGCGCCUCGACGACCAGGGCAACAUCAUCCAGCCCCGCCGCCGCAGCACCCGCUCCGUCCCCGUCGGCACCAUCCGCGUCGUCCCGUUCCCGCACGAGCCCCACCCCGCCCCCAACGGUGUCUACUGGAACGGGGUCCUGACCGGCCGCGUCGCCGACGACGGCGAAACCAUCAUCCCCGAGGAAAAGAAGACCGGCCCGACCAUCAAGGGCCACAGCCUCUACACGGACCGCAUUCCCCUCAUGCUGCGCCGCGACCGCGCCACCGACCUCCACGACGGCCGCGAGGUCUACGUCAAGCUGGGCCGCCUCGCCGUCCUGCCCGACUACCGCGGCAACGCCCUCUCCAAGCUGCUCGUCCGCCAGGCCCUCUCGUGGCUCCGCGCCCACCCGGACUACUUUAACGCCGGGGCCGCCGAGCUCGCGAGCUACGGCGUCUCCAGCCGCUGUGACGGCGCGGCGCCCUACUGGGACGGCCUGGUCUGCGUCCACGCUCAGGAGGCCGUGGUCCCGCUCUGGGAACGUUGCGGUUUCCGCGUCGACGAGGGCAUGGGUCGCUGGAUGGAGGAAGGUAUCUGGCACGUCGGAAUGUUUAUGCGGCUGAAUCUCAAGAAAGGGGAGUAG